AAAAAAAAAAAAAAAAAGCCAGAGCCGCAGCAACAGCCGUCUCCUCAGCCCGGGAUGUGCACCGGCCCCGGAGAGCCGGAUCAAAGGGAGGUGAAGCAGCCCGAGGCUGGCACGGGGAGGGCGCCGGCCAGCCUGUGGAGUCCUCCCGGGGAGGCGGAGGGCGGCGCGGCCGCCCCUGCGACCCCAGCGGCCUGUGGGGCUCUGUUAUUAUUAUUGUUGUUGUUGUUGUUAUCUCCCCUUCUCCGGAUCCAGCCGGCGGGAGAGGGCGAGGGCGCUCGGCGGACCGCGACUCGCCGGCCCCGGCUCCGAGAGGAUGCAGAGCGCGGCUGUCCCCGCGGAGGGGGCCGCCAAGGGGCUCCCGGACCUGCUCGGCGUGCCGCUGCAACAGAUCCCCCAGUGUGCUGGUUGCAACCAGCACAUCCUGGAUAAGUUCAUCCUGAAGGUCCUGGAUCGACACUGGCACAGCUGCUGCCUCAAGUGUGUGGACUGCCAGGUGCAGCUGGCCGACAGGUGCUUCUCCAGGGCCGGGAGCGUCUAUUGCAAGGAGGACUUCUUCAAGCGCUUUGGCACAAAAUGCACAGCCUGCCAGCAGGGGAUCCCCCCGACCCAGGUGGUCCGCAAGGCCCAGGACUUCGUCUACCACCUGCACUGCUUUGCCUGCAUCAUCUGCAGCCGGCAGCUGGCCACGGGCGACGAGUUCUACCUGAUGGAGGACGGGCGGCUAGUGUGCAAGGAGGACUACGAGACCGCCAAGCAGAACGAUGACUCGGAGACUGGGGCGAAGCGGCCACGGACCACCAUCACAGCGAAGCAGCUGGAGACACUAAAGAACGCUUAUAAGAACUCCCCGAAGCCUGCCCGGCAUGUGAGGGAGCAGCUCUCCUCCGAGACGGGCCUGGACAUGAGGGUGGUACAGGUUUGGUUUCAGAACAGAAGGGCCAAGGAGAAACGGCUGAAGAAGGACGCGGGGCGGCAUCGCUGGGGGCAGUUCUACAAGAGCGUCAAGAGGAGCCGCGGAGGCAGCAAGCAGGAGAAGGAGAGCUCGGCAGAGGACUGUGGGGUUAGUGACAGUGAGCUGAGCUUCCGAGAGGAUCAAAUUCUCUCAGAGCUUGGCCACACCAAUAGGAUUUAUGGCAACGUGGGGGACGUUACAGGCGGACAGUUAAUGAAUGGGAGCUUCUCCAUGGAUGGGACAGGACAAUCCUAUCAGGACUUGAGGGAUGGGAGUCCCUAUGGAAUCCCCCAGUCUCCAUCUUCCAUCUCGUCCUUGCCAUCCCAUGCUCCUUUGCUCAAUGGGCUGGAAUACACAGUGGACAAUAAUCUGGGUAUCAUUGCUCAUGGAGGGCAGGGAGUCAGCCAGACACUGAGAGCCAUGGCUGGGGGACCCACCUCUGACCUCUCCACAGGAAGCAGUGUAGGCUACCCUGACUUCCCAACCAGCCCAGCCUCUUGGCUUGAUGAAAUGGACCAUCCUCCUUUUUAGACUUUUCUCCCAACCUCCCCCGUCCUCCUGGCUUGAGAGAGCAUCUUCAAGGAUCAAAAGAGACUUGCCUCUUACGGAUCAAAAGUAUGCCAAUGUGAAGCUCCAUUAUUUUCAAUGGAAGCCCUCCGCUGGUUCCCAGAAGUCUGAGGCCACACUAGGACACUGCUUUCUUGGGAGGUGACAGGAGAGCAGCCUCAUCUUAGCCACAGCACAGGGGUGGGCAGCCUAGAGCUCUAGGGACGCUGGCUUGUCGGCUCUCUCUCCUCCCACCCUGCUAAGAGGCUUUGGCUGCUCAGUGCUUUGACAGCACAAGGUGACCCGUGCCCAACCACUCGGCCUUUGGGAACUCUGCUCCAGCUGGUGCAGCUCACACUUUGCCUCCUAAAUCACUCCCCUCACCAGAACCAGGGAGAGGCACCAUGGCCCUUGAGAAUAAUAAAAUGGUGUCUGGACCACCUUGGUUACACCCUAAUUUUUGAAAUAAAGUAAGUUAUUAAAGGCUAGUAAAAACAUUGAUGGCCACAGUUUGAUAUGAAAAAAAUAUAGCCCCGUCCUGUUCUGUCUAUUGCUGUGAAAAUGACUCUUUCCCUACCUGUAAGGGCGACCCAGAGUCAAUCUGGGCUUAAAAAAAAAAACAAACCCAUCUAUAUUGUUGAAGUCCUGAUGGCAAGAAAUGGCUUCCACCGCAGCUGACUCUGGCUUUUCACCCCAGGUCUGCAGAGGCCCUUUGGUGCACAGUGCCUUUUCAUUUGCUUAGACCAUUUCCUCCCCAAGACAGGCUGAGGGCUACAAAGCGAUCAGAGCCACACCAUGCAGAGACCAGAAUGACAAUCAGUGAGAGCAUUUGUAGAUGGUUUCCAGACAGGCCGCCGUCUGUUCAGCCGCCGCCCCAGUGGGUGCUGGUCUUCCCUGGCUUCCUGACAGGGUGGGAUGAGAUAGGGAGCAUUCACUGUACUCUGAGAGAGUUGGUCCUGAUGAGCUUGCAAGGCUAUUCUCCCUUUAAACAAAAGCUUCCUCCGUGGUACUAGCUGAUUCAGUUAGAAGACAGUUUUUGUUGCUUUCAGGGACCAGCCAUGCAUUUAUUUAUUUAUCUAUCUAUCUAUCUAUCUAUCUAUCUAUCUAUCUAUCUAUCUAUCUAUCUAUUUAUUUAUUUAAUUUAUUUAUUUGGCUUCUCUUGGUUUGGAAGAAUAACUGGGCUCUCUGGGUUGCUGGCCAGAUUUGUGCCAUGCUCCAGGCUCCAGUCCUGCACCCAGAAAGCCCCAGCCCCAAUGUGGGGCUCCUUUGCCUGCAGGGUUUGUGGUAGUACUUUACUAAGGUGAGGCAGGGAUGAGGCCAGCCUGGCCCUCAGUCUGUCACAGCGGCUGCGCCUCUGCAGGAGACAGCUGUGAGCGGUGGUGCAGCCAGCUUCUGGCCAUCAGGAAGCGCUCUGUGUUCAAAUGGGAGUUUAGCCAGCUGGAAUUUCUUCCCAAGCCCUCAGGAAACUGGUUUAUUUCUUCUGGCCUCACAUUCUUUUAAGCAAGACCAGAGGGGAAGGGAGAGAUGAGCAAGCAUUGCCUUCCUUUUACAUGAAGUGACAAGACCAAAGACCCAACAGCCUUUUUUGCCUCCUGUCAGCUACUCAGCCACAUUUUGAGGAUUCAGGUAUUUCAGGGAGAUGAAAGUAAGAAACACAUCUCCUCUUUGGCUGCAAGUCUCUUUCAAGCUAGGUUCAGUCCUUCUUUGUUGAAGAAAGAGUCAAUUCUCUGAUCGGUUCUGUAGUAGUGUUUUGGUGGCCUCUAGCUGGCUUAGCUUUUGUUUGAAGAGUGCCAGCAUAGACCUCUCUCUUGAGAGUCCCGUCUGCGGCUGAAGAUAUUAAUUAUUCAGUGCUGUUGGAAUUCCCCAACAAUGUGAAUGCUGGGUGAUGAAGGAGAGACAGAUGCAAGGUAACAUGCCAUGGGGAGGAAAUGGCAGCCAGUGAUGUGACAAACCCCUUCUUGAAUACUCCAUUCUCAGCAGACUCCCCAGGACACGCAGGAGCAAAGCCAGGCCGGGCAAUCUAGGUGAAAGGCUGCACAAGGUAGGCCCCUGCCUCAGCUUGGCUAUCGGCCCUGCCCCCUGUAGGUUUGUGUUUUUAAACAUUCUGUGCAGCAGCACCACUGAGACCGAUUGAAGUUGGUUGGUUUUUGCUUUUGUAAAUGAGUUAACCAUACUCUCAGCUCAGUGGUGGGAGGCCAGGAGGCUAGCCUCACUCGUACAAACGCUAUGAGUAUCUUGAGGAAGUCGGUGCGCAUUGCAGUGAUGUCAGCAGAAGCCUUUUGGGAUUCUCCUGGGCCGUUGAGCUGGAGGGACUGUCAGGAGAUCCCUGGGUACGAGGCCACAAGAGCUUUCUGUAUGUUCUUUCUGCUUAGAGCCGGCUCCCUCCAGGGCGGCACACUCUAGUGCCCAGUUAGAAGCACAGCCACUCUAGGGCUCAGAUUUAAGCGGCUCUCCCUACAGGUUCUGUUCAAAUUACAGCGGGGCUGGUGUCCCAGUGGCCACUGCACGCCACGGCUGCUCUUUGCCUUGCCUGUGGCUUCAGAUGUAGGCUAAGAUGCCUCCUUAUGAGAAGUCCACACUAGGGUACCGGGCAGUAGCCCUUCCCCUCCUUGACCUCAGAUCACCAAGCAUGCCCUUCUAGAGGCAUCUGCAGUAUCUGGGCCCAGCUUCGGCUCUAAGAGAAUACUCAGUGGACCCCUGUGUUAGACUGUGUGCGGCGGACUGCUGAAGCCUGGAGCAAACUUAAAAAUUAAGUUAAAAAAAAAAAUCCCAUUAUUUCCAGCGGCAAUUGGCAUAAGCAAGGAUGGAAACAGAGCGACUCUAGGGAGGUCUGUAUUUGUGGGAAAACAGUAAGACCAUGGAGGAAACGUCAACCCCAAGGGCGGUUGGUCAGCUGGCAGAAGCCGUCCGUGGGGCUCUGUGAGGCACCCGUCUCUCCCUUUCCCUCCCACCUUGCCCCUCCUGAUGGUUACCACGGAAGGUGAACACGGGUGACGGUGUUGAGGCAACUGUUCCCGAGGAUUAAUACAGUGAAACCACGGGGAAAGAACAAAAUUAAGACGCAGGGAAAGCACUGGGCAGUGGCCUGAAAGGUGUCUUGUGCUGUUACAGGACAUAAAAUCUAGGGAGAUAAUUGAGCGCUGUUAGCUCUUUAUUAUUAAGAUCAAUUUGCAAGUUCAUGUAAAAAAAAAACAAAAAACUGUAGAGCAGAAAAGCUAGUCCCACGUGUGACCUCCCAGCUGGCGCUUCCCAGCCGGGUGUGCGACAGCCCCCAUCCCGAACCCCCACGCAGCCCCCACCCGCACCCCUGGACCCACACUUCUAACCACGAUGACGACCACACCUCCUCAGCCAGCAGGGUCUGGAGGCUCGUUUUUUUCUUUUUUUAAACGGUGCACUUUAAAAAUUGGAAACGGUGAGAUGAAGAAAAAUUCAAUUAAGCGGAAAUGAGUUUUGUUUUAUUGCCUGCUGCUGAAGGGCUCUGGGCAUGCUGAAAGCUAAAUAAAAGCACAUCACCGGCUCUCUCUUUCUUGGAUUGGUCAAGCGUCCUCCCUUCCCCUCAUUCCCCUCCCCCCCCCUUUUUUUUUUUACAAUAGUUUCUCCAACUGCUCUAACAGUGACUGGAGCCAAAAAGAGAGAGCCCAGCAAAGCCAUCCCAUCCCCACUCUGCUUGGUAGGACCACACUAAAAGCACAGAUUCAUGCUGCUAGCUCUGGUGAGGAGACAGCUGCAGGUUUGGGAGGGGCGCCGAGCGUUCUCCGCCUAGCGAGGCAGAGCACGGGCACAGGGCGAGGCUGCCUCCACUCCCACCUGUUGCCAGCUACAGGCAGGGAUGAUGAGGGAGUUUCCGGCGUGAGGAUAGUGUUGGCCCAACCAGCAGGUCCAGGGCCGCAGGAUGCUGCUCUGAGCUCACACGUAACACCUCAAAGCCCCACAUCUCCUAGGCUUUGGAUUGUUACCCCUCUCCUUCACGGUGUAGAUUUUGUGCAGUUAAAAAGAAAUGAAGUUGCAUUUCCUGGAAAAAGAAAAAGAAAAAAAAAGCCCCCCCCCCCUUAUUUGUCGCCAUGUGGCUCUGGAGAGCAGAGCCGGUGCUUUUGUUUGUAUAUGCCUCCUGUGUGCUGGCAUGAGACGUGUGCGGUAAAACUGUAAAAUAAAGAUGGAAAUUCUUUAGA